CUCGCACGCAACUAGUGGCUCCCCAAAAGAUGCACACCCAAAACGCUUUUGUUUUGUCAGUCGUGCAGUAUGUGCUAAGAGAAUAGUCAGUCGGUGUUUGGAUUCGUCGUCGGGUCGUUCGUCCGUGAGAGUUUCUACGACACGGACGAAGGGUUUCGCGUUGUCUUGACUUGUCGAGGGGGCAUUACAUCUACUACGACGAAUUCUUUCAAUCUAAAUAACCGUAAUUUUAUGUACAACAAUAUGCACGAAAGAGAAGAAUUUCAUAGAGGUUGUUCAUCAGGACAAUCUAGUCAAGCACCACCACCACCAGCAGCCAGAGCACUCGGUUUGGACGCCUUGCAUGGAUUGUGUAAAGAAAUUUAUCCUGACCAAGGCAAUCCUCUCACCGUCACAGCUGUUGUAAAAUAUUGGUUGGGUGGUCCUGAUCCUCUCGACUAUAUAAGCAUGUACGAAAAUCCUGGCUGUCCCGAACUAGGCGUGCCUCCGCAUUGGCAUUACGUGAGUUUGGGUCUUUCCGAUUUGCAUGGAGAUGGAAGGUUACAUCCAAAAAGUGGUCCAGGACGUCCAAGUGGUUUUGGUUUUGAACUCACCUUUAGAUUGGUACGAGAAAGAGGCGAAACUACUCCACCUACCUGGCCAGCUAACGUAAUGCAACAACUGGCUAAAUAUGUCUUUAACUCUGGCAACAUGUUACUCCCUGGUGAUCACGUUUCAUGGCAUGCUCCUCUGGACAAUGGCAGUGGUCGCAUCACGCAAAUUUUAAUGGGCAGAGAUCCUCAAUUGCCGGCAUCCGUUUCAACUCCUCAUGGCGAAGUUUCAUUUGUACAAAUUGUUGGUGUUACUUCCGAGGAGUUACAAUCGGCUCAACAUUGGAAUGGUCUAGGAGUAGUAAAUCUUUUGAAAACGACUAGAGGUUGCGGCCCGUGGUUGCUAACGAAUAUGAAAAGGAUGCAUUCUGUUAUGGAAGAGGAUCCUUCCGUAGCUGAAAAAAUUCAAUGUGGUAUUGAAAGGGAAGGAUCCAAUUUAAGUGGCGUUUCUGCGAAGUGCUGGUGGGUACAAGUUAGUGGUGACAAAAAUACAGAAAAAUAUAGAGAAAGUAAAGAAGAUUCUGACGAUGAAGAUAUUAAACCUAUAAUAAAGACAGAACGAUUAUCUCCUUGUGAACAAGAAAGAGAUACAGGCUUCCAUGAUAUGAAUUGUGUCAAAGUUUUACCAGGAUUACACUUAACGUUUAAUCUGGAGGCUGGUUCUUUGCUGCCAUUAGCAAUAAAAGGACGAGUCAUGCACGGAAGGCAUUUUACGUUUAAAUCCAUAUUAUCUCAUACAGCUGUGACGAUAGUAGCUCCCUCGGUUACAGGCACUUUGGUAUCCAAAGAAAAACCAUAUGUUAUUCAGGGUCCUUGGUUACAAGUUUUACUUCCCGAAGAUUUAUCAGAAAAAAUGGCUAACGAAUUUCAAGUCUUGAAUACGCCAGAACAAAUUCAAUUACCAAAAACAUUUUCUUGGCCCGAACAUAAAUUGGUUAUAACCGUUGUAAAUGACUGAAAAUAAAAUAAAUAAUAUAGAAUAGGUAAAGUCCUGUGACGAAUCUCACGGAAAAAUUUCGUUCGUAUUCUCUAAUGUUUAAGUACGUAACAUCCAUUGAGAAGGAUUAAAGUAUUAUACAGUUACAUUAAAAGGCAACUUCGAAACGGAUAUUUAUAACGCGAUCGCUUUUUUUUUACGAAUAUACACAUUUUGUAAGUUUAUGUAAUUUAUGAAUAUUAUAAAUCGUGCAUUAGUUUGUAUGAAUAUAUGAUACGUAGGGAAGAAUUACAAGAGCCUAUAUAAAAGUGGAGACGAAAUAUUUUUAAUAACGAUUUUAAAAGAAACAAGCAGGUUGUCGUGUAUCAACGUAUUUAAGUACGUACAAUGUAUGUACAUUGAUAAGUAGCAAUAGAAACAAAUGGAAGAGUCUCUCUUAUUAAAUGGUGCCUUAUGUUUCGUAUUUAAUAAUGUAUAUAAUAAGAUAUAACUUAUUAUAUAAAGUGUAUAGUAUUUAAAAUACCAUAUAAAGUGUAUAAAGUAUAAUGGUAUUUAAAAUACGGUUUUACACAUUGUUAUGUAUAAUAAACGUUUACACAAAGAC